AUGGAUUGGGACGCUCUGUGUUUUAAUGUUGCCACUUUGAUUGCAGGUGUGUUUGUUCUUGACUAUGGCGCGGAUAAAUUCAUCGACCACACCGUCAUUGUCGGGCGACGCUUAGGCAUCUCGCAGACUGUUAUUGCUCUCUUGACUGCUGGUGCUGAAUGGGAAGAACUCGCCGUGGUGGUUGCCGCCAUUCUGCAGCGUCGCAGCCCCCUGGCCCUUGGGAACGUCAUGGGCUCGACUAUCUCCAACAUCCUCGGCGCCUUUUCUUUAGGGCUACUCUUUUACCCCCGGGGUUUUGGGUUUGACCGUAGCGCAAAGUUAUACUCGGCCCUGCUGUUCAUAGUUACGACGCUCUUCGUGAUGCUGGCAUUCUUCAACCAAUUAAACCAUAUCGUCGGUGGGGUCUUGAUUGCUAUUUUUGCCCUCUACAUAGUCUCUAUCAUCUACGCUAUAUAUAAGGGUGUAGCCUCACCCCCAGAACUAUCAGACAGUGAUAGCGACGGAGAAUCCAGUGAUAGCGAGGACGACGAAUUCGCCAACCACGCCCCUCUCUCCGAGACCUCUCCUCUCAUCGCGAAUGACCAUGCGCCGUCAUCAACAGACAAAGGGAGCAGACGAUGCAGAAGCCUUCCUUACCACAUAUUCCAGCUCAUUCUCGGAUUCAUCUCGCUUUCACUGUCGGGAUAUAUCCUCUCCCACAGUGCCGUCACCAUCGCCGACUCCCUGCAUCUCUCGGGAACCGUCUUCGGUCUGACUGUUGUCUCCUUUGCUACUACUCUGCCAGAAAAACUGGUAGCAAUCCUUAGUGGUUCCCGCGGCCACGGUGGCAUUAUGGCCGCGACGACGGCAGGAAGCAACAUUUUCCUGCUGACGCUCUGUGUUGGUGUCGUUGCUGUGGCAGGGUACCCGGCACAAGAGGCAGAUAAUUUUGUGCUUUUUGAGCUGGUGGCAGUCUGGCUGUCCUCUCUGGUAUUCUGUGCUGUCAUUUUUUUAGGACUUGGGAGGAGUGCAGGUGUAGUGCUCCUGGUCACCUACCUCGUGUUCCUGUGCUUGGAGUUUACCGUUUACCGGCGUUGA